UCCCAUCUUAUUCUUCUAAACAUAUGGGUCUCAUGCGGGUGCCUUCUUCACUGAUUUCAAAUAUAAAAAGCUAUAGAAGAUUAAACUCUGUUCGCACUAGCAAAUAUAAAAGGGAUGUGCCGAAAGGUCAUCUCGCAGUGUAUAUUGGUGAAAACCAUAAGAGGCGGUUCGUCAUCCCAAUAUCGUUAUUGGAACAUCCAUUAUUUCAAGACAUGUUACGUAAGUCGGAGGAAGAAUUUGGGUUUGAUCAUCCUAUGGGAGGCUUAACAAUUUCAUGCCAAGAGGAUGUGUUUUUCCAGCUCACAACUAUAUUACAUUCUUUAUGAUAACAUUCUUGAUGAAUAGUGAGGCUAGAUUGUUCAGAAUUAUUGAUUUUUUUUCUUCAUGUCCUUGUACCAUAUACAAUGAUUCUUUCAAAACAUAUAAAUAAAUGAAAAUUAGUGAAAAAAAGCUUCCAGUUACUAUUAUACAUCUAUCAAAGAGCAUGAAGUUCCAAAAAUCAACUCACAUUGUUUUUAAUAGA